ACGCUCGCCAGCCCAAUCCGAGGGAAAAACAUAGGGAUGGCCUGAUUGUCUGAUUCAUGUGCAGCCCGACUCUCAGGACGCGUCAAUCCUGGGAACGUUGCUUCUCUGCUCUGACGUGGAGUCAAUUACACGAUCCCUGCAAGGGGGCGGUUAAAACGGUUAUGACGGCGAAAACGACGCGUGUUCUAGUAGUCCAGCGGCUCGUCUGCGAAGCUAUUAAAUGCACGGCACACACGUCUCUCGACUCAUCUACCAGCCAUGCGGUACUCCGCCCUCGACUUCUUGAUCUCGCAGUGGAAGACCCAGGGGCCCGUAGUCACGACCGAUCUCGUUGGGAAGACUGUCAUCGUCAUCGGAGCCAAUACGGGCCUGGGAUUCGAGGCGGCGAAACACUUCGCCCGGAUGAACCCGGGGAAGCUCAUUCUGGGAUGUCGGAGUCAAGCCAGAGGCAGCGCAGCGCUCGAAAAGCUGAAGCAGGACACCGGUUGCGCUACUGCAGAGCUCUGGCUCGUCGAUCUGGCUGACUUUGCGUCGGUGACCUCGUUUGCCGAUCGAUUCGAGCGAGAAGGCGCACGGCUCGACAUCUUGGUCGAGAACGCCGGCGUCUCGACGGACAAGUACGAGGUGAGCAAAGACGGGUGGGAAACUUCGAUGCAAGUGAACGACCUUUCAACGCCCCUCCUCGCUCUCCGUUUGCUGCCUGUGAUGGUCAAAACGGCGCAGGAACACGGAACCGUUCCCCGCAUUGUGGUCGUUGCCAGCGAGGUCCACUACUGGGCCAAGAUCUCCAAAGAGGUCGCGGAGAGCCCGUCCCCAUUGUCCGUUCUGGGUGGGGUUGAGUACUGCUCCAGUCCGAAGCGCAUGUCGGAUCGAUACUUCAUCACCAAACUCCUCAACGUCUUCUUCGUCCGGGCCUUCAACGACCGCUUGCCUUCCUCGACACCAGUCGUCAUCGACACCGUCAACCCUGGCUUCUGCCACAGCGAGAUUCUGCGCCACACCUCCGGUGCCGCAGCCGUGUUCAUGCUGACUCUCAUGAAGCUCCUGGUCGCACACAAGACCGAAGUGGGCAGCAGACAGCUUGUCUUCGCUGCGCUCGGUGGAGAGGGUGAUGGCGGAGCCCUGCGUGGGGAGUACAUCACUAACUCUGCUGUCCGCGAGGUCAGCGAUUUCAUUCUGACCCCGGAGGGCGCCAAGCUCCAAAACAGACUGUGGGACGACCUCCUCGACAUCUUGAGCAAAGUGGAUCCGAAAGUGACUGAAAGUGUUGGAAUGUAUCUCUCGUAGUUCGUUGACCGCUUAUGAACGGUGUUUCCGUCUGUGUUCCAGCUCAAGAGUUAAGCUCCAGAGGAGUGUAGGAUUUUGAGACGA